AUGGCGAAUUCGCUAAGGUUACCUGUAAGGUCAGUGCAUUCUCGUAUUCAUGCGGAAAAAUGUGAUAUAACGACGCUUGGACAACAGAUAAAAUUCCCUAAUGGUCGCACAGCGCAGAAUCGAUUUCUUAAGGCGGCUCUAACGGAACGAAUAAGCUCAUGGGAUCCAAAAGACCUUACAAAACGCGGCAUUCCAUCUCGAUCGAUCAUAAAUCUCUAUGAUAAGUGGGGACAUGGUAGAUUUGGAAUGAUCCUCACAGGAAAUGUGUGCGUUGAUCCGAACAAUCUUGAAUCAGCCGGAAAUGCAGUGUUUUGCAAAGAAAACGAUUCUGCUGAACUCAGAAAAGUGUGCUUGGAAUGGUCGAAAGUGAUGCGUCAGGAUGGGGCACUUGCCGUUGCACAACUCUCUCAUGCAGGACGGCAAACACCGGAGACAGUCAAUCCGCAUCCGUUCUCUUGUUCUGACGUACAACUGAUGGCGAAACGACGUUUCAUGGGAUUUGGAAAACCGAUAGCGCUUACUGAAGAGCAGAUUAAGACUGAAGUGGUUGACCGCUUUGUAUAUGCUGCUAAAUUCUUCAUGUCGCCGACAACGAACAAACGCACCGACAUGUAUGGUGGAUCUGUGAGGAACAGAAUGAGAGUGAUCAUUGAGAUAUUUGAGGCUAUAAGAAGGGAGAUAGACGUGUCCACGGGUUUUCUCGUCGGAAUCAAAGCAAACUCUGUGGAAUUUCAAGAAGAUGGUCUGGGCAUAGAUGAUGCUAAAAUUAUGUGUGGAAUGAUGGAAGAAUGUGGCUUUGAUUUUGUUGAGCUUUCUGGUGGAACAAUAGAACAGCUAGCUUUCCAACAUAUGAGAGAAUCGACGAGAAAACGCGAGGCGUUCUUCCUUGAUUUUGCUGAGAAGAUUCGCCCAGUCUUUAAAAGGACAGUUGUAUACGUGACCGGUGGUUGGCGAACUGCGCGUGCUAUGGUGAGAGCCGUGAUGGAUGGCACAACGCACGGCAUAGGACUUGGAAGGCCGAUUACAGCGGAACCAGAUCUACCGGCAAAAAUACUUCGCGGAGAAUGUUAUUCAGCUGCAGACACAAAGCUGAAUCAGGAUGACUUCGGAAUUACAUCGACAGCCAGUAACACUCAAAUGGGGCAAAUGGGAAAGCGACCCUAUGUAACCUAUCGAUGCAUUGGUAUAAGUGAGUUUACAAUUUUUUUCUCGUAUAAAUAA